GCACAAAUCCCCACCACUCAAGUAACAAAAAUCUCUCAUCUUUCAUAGCUUGCAAGUGUUAAUUGAGAAUUUGGGAGAUAUGGGUUCAAAGGCUUUAGCAUCAACCACCCUCCUCCUCUCCCUUAACCUCCUAUUCUUCACAUUGGUCAGCUCAAACCAUGUCCCAUGCCCACCACCACCAACCCACAAACACCAUUCCCCACCACCAGCUUCCAAGGGCAAGUGUCCUCUUGAUACCCUAAAAUUGGGCGUUUGUGCAGAUAUUCUUGGGUUGGUUAACGUUGUGAUUGGAUCUCCACCGGUGAAGCCUUGCUGCAGUCUCAUCCAGGGUAUUGCUGACCUUGAAGCUGCACUUUGUCUUUGCACUGCCAUUAAGGCUAAUGUUUUGGGUAUCAACCUCAAUGUUCCUGUUUCAUUGAGCUUGAUCCUCAAUACUUGUGGAAAGAAGGUUCCCUCUGACUUCCAGUGUGCAUAGAAUCACUACUCUUUUUCUAGUAACGUGAAACACACCCAGUUGCCCACUAGACAACUGGCUAAUAAAUUCCGGACCACAUGAAAUAACUAAUCUAUUGUGAUUUUCUCCUAUUUGUGUGUGUUUGUUUUUGAAGUUGGGGAUCCGUUGUUAUUUGUUGUGUGAUUAUUGUAUUUCUCUGUGAUAAUAAAUUGAGUUGAUUCAUUGAUUAGUGACAA